AUGGGUUACAUUCCAGCAGAAGCGUUACCCAACUUGCAUAAAUACAAGUAUGGCGGUGUGGACAAGUCUUUGGUCUCUCGUUACAUCCUGUCAAAGUACUGGAAUAACUUGGUAAAGUUGUUUCCUUUGUGGAUCGCACCCAACUUGAUCACUUUACUCGGUCUCUUGUGUGUCGUUGGCAACGUUGCUACCUUGAUGUAUUACGCUCCUGACCUUGGCCCAUGCCCCAACUGGGUCUAUUAUACAUUUGGCAUUGGUUUGUUUGUGUACCAGUCAUUGGAUGCGAUCGACGGUAAACAAGCCCGUCGCACUGGAAUGUCAGGCCCAUUGGGUGAAUUGUUUGAUCAUGGCUGUGAUGCUCUCAAUACGUCUCUUGGUUGCUUGACAUGGGCCUCAGCUACUUGUCUUGGUCAAAGCUGGUGGACUGUUGGAUCAUUGGUGGCAAGCUUGGGCAACUUUUAUUUGUCUACUUGGGAGGAAUAUCAUACUGGCAUCUUGUACUUGGGCUACUUUAGUGGUCCAGUUGAAGGUGUGCUCAUGCUUGUAGCUGUACAGCUCGUGUCUGGUUAUUUUGGUCCUGGUUUCUGGAUGCAACGUGUGAGCGACGUGGUGCCAGUAGUAGAUUGGGCUGGUCAUCCUAUUCGUCACCGUAUUGGCAAUGUGCAAUUGAAUCACGUGUUGAUCCUUAUUGGUGCUGGUGUCCUUGUAUUCAACAUUGUUGCAGCAUUGAUCAAUGUUAUCGCUGUCAAGUACAACCCCACUGAUUAUUCACGCAAGGACAACUCUGUUAGCAAAGCCUUGAUGGGCCUUGUUCCAUUUGUAUUCAUGACCGUGGUAUCCUAUGCAUGGCUUCGUUUGUGGCCUUCUCUUGUAUAUGAGCAUUUGGCACUUUUCAUUCUCUUGAUUGGACUUUUGUUUGGUCAUCAAGUUGGCUUGAUGAUUACUGCACAUGUUGCUAAGCUGCCCUUCCCAUAUUGGAAUGGCUCUGUAUACACCCUUCUCGCUGCUGGUUGUGCUCUAGCAUACGCUGAUGUCUCUACUGGCGGAUCUUACAACAUCAAUCAACGUGUUGCAGUCAAGGUCAUUCUUUUCCUUGCAGCUUUGCAGUAUGCUAGUUUGGUUCGUGGCGUUAUCAACCAACUUUGUACAUAUCUCGAUAUCCAAUGUCUCACUGUGAAGAAGAAGAAGCAGUAG